AUGAACACCGUCGCCACCGACAAAUGCAUCUGGGGAUCUGCCAAACUAAAAACCCUGGCUGACGAGGAGAUUUGCCUGCACAGGAUGACCCCAGAAAGUCAUCAGCACAGUGCUCUCCUCUUCUUAGAGGAGCUCUACAGGUCUCACUGCCACAGUAAAGCCCGCAGCAUCCUGGAGGAUGCAUUUCACCCAGCACCUCACCUGUUUCAAGUGUUACCUCAGCAAGACAAUGAGGUGGAGCUGAAGAUUGCUGAGGUGAAGUUGACGGAUGCUGGCUUCUACGAGUGUCAAACACCGAGCACCGACUACGUCAUCAGUGGAAAUUAUAUGGCUCAGGUCCAACUCACAGUCAUUCCCAACACCCUCAAGGUCUCCCCCAAGACCCCACCCCCAGUCAUCUCAGAGGGAAGUGACCUAACUCUCUCCUGCAACGUCACCCGGGAGCUCAUCCACCCCACCUACCUGUCUGUCACCUGGUCGGUGAAGAAGGGGACGACGUCAGAGGAGAUUUUGACGUUUGGUCCUCAGGGGGAUGUGGUCACGGGGUCCAGGUUUGCCCGGCGUUAUGCAGAAGGAGGCAUCCGAUUGGUCCCUGGCAGGAAUGGAGUGUUUGAACUGGUGAUUUCCAGAAUGACGACGUCCGAUGAGGGGAAUUAUGAAUGCAACGGGACGGAGUGGACGCACGAAAGUGGAGGAAAUUGGAUAAAAAUCGUGGAGAGUACCAAAGAGAUGGGAACUGUUGCAGUUACUCCUACAGGUCGUUCCCUCAACGUGAAGGCCUCACCCUCCUCCUCUCCCUCCUCCACCUCUCUCGUCCUCUCUCCUGGCAACUCGCUGACCCUGAUGUGCGGCGUCACCACCGACAACCUGCCCGCCCUCUCCCUGGAAGUGUCCUGGCUGGCCGACGGCCGUGAAAUCAUCACCAUGGAUCGCAGCGGGGUGGUGAUCUCAAACACAUCCUCCAGCGGAGCGCAAGGAAAAAAGGGGGAGGCGAGCCUGGAGCGAACAGAAACCGGCGACUACAGGUUGGGGGUGAGGGGGGUGACCAUUGAAAACGGAGGGAACUACACCUGCCGCAUCCGAACGUUCAUCAAUAUAGAAGGACGGAGGUGGUACAUGACAGCGGAGAAGACAUCCAACCCUGUGACUGUGAAGGUCUCUGAGAUCCAGCCGAACUUCACGCUGACCCUCGUGGCUGAAGUCAACCCCCAGACGACAGCUGAGCCAACAGAACUCGCCUGUCGCGUCACCAACAUUGCCAACUUACCUCUUGGAGGCCGACUGGGCGUCAGCUGGGAGCACACAUCGCUUCCUGGGUUAGGGGGCGAUCCUCAGACCUCACAUCCCAUUGGUUCCUUGGAUGCUAAUGGCAACCUGCUUCCGGGGUCGAUUUAUAUGGAAAGGAUGAAGAGCGGUGCGUUAACGCUGAGCAGAGUCCAGCCCAACACGUUCAAGCUGCGAAUCCUCCGCACACAGGAGAUCGACAUGGGCCAGUAUGUUUGCAGUGUGUCUGCUUGGAGCAUCAACAGCCAGGGAGACAUGGUGAAGACCUCUGAGAACAGAAGCUCGCCGCUGACUGUGCGAUGGGACACCAAGCGUCCGAUUGUGAAUGUGGUGGCUAAACGCAUCCGUGAGGCAUCAGUAGGAGGCUCUACCUUUGAAUUGGGCUGCAGUGUCACCACUCAGAACAUUGGUGAUGCGGGGUACUCUGUGCUCAUCCAGUCUCAGGACAGCUUGGACAGCACCGUGAGGACCAUCAUGACUCUCAGCCCGGACAAUGUCGUACAGCACGGAGGAGCCACAGACCCAAACAGGAGAGACAAUCUGGUUCUGACCAAGUCGGGUGCGGCAGAGUUUCGGUUUCGCCUGGCAGGUGUCCAGCUGUCCGACAGAGGUUACUACUGGUGUGACGUCACUGCAUGGACGAAACAGCAGCCGGGACAGGCUUGGACUAAAGCCAGCAGCUCAGAAUCAAAUAAAAUCAGGAUAAACUUCCUGGAAAAUGGCCCAUCCUUCUCCAUCGCCAUCAAGUCGGACGAUAGCAGCGUUUAUCCGUGGGAAACGGCAAAGAUGGAGUGCUCUCUCAGCGUCUCCGGAUCCUCGCCAAAGACUGACGACCUGGCGUACGAGGUGAAAUGGUUUUUCACCCGGCUGCGCGGCGGACCCGCGUCGGUCCAGGUGGCCAGCGUUGACCGCUUUGGCGUUGUGAGAAAAAUCAACCGUAAUUCAUCCAGUGACGUUACAAUAGAGCGCAAAGACACACACACCUACCUGCUCAACAUAUUUGGCACUCAGGACAGUGACAGCGGGGAGUAUUUCUGCUCAGUCACUCCCUGGUACCUGUCGGCCUCAACGGGAGCCUGGACAGAAGCUCAAGAGCUGACAUCAUCCAAAGUCUUCCUCGCUGUCAAAUUUGCAGUUUGGGACUCCCUAAAGUUACCUCUCUUAUAUGGUGCAUCGGCCUCACUGGGUGUCGGCCUCUUCUCUCUGGUCCUGGGUCUGGUUUGCGCCCAGUGCUGCUGCCGCAACACUGCACACCUUCCACGCUCACGCAACAAACUCAUGGACCUGGAGAUGGACUGACAAACACUUUCCCCCGCGCCCUCACACUGCAGCGCUCACAGGAAGCACCACACGCAUAACAGACACACGCCCAUAGACGAUUUCUGGGACACCCAGUUGUUCCCGGGCGACGGGCGUUGGGAUUAAAACGCAUUUUCGCAGUGCUUUAAAAGGUGCUCAGGACUGUUGUUUUUUUCAACUCUGCAGUGUAGGAGCAGGGGACUUUCACGCUCACCAAUGGGGAAAAAAUAGCCUUUCAGACUUCUGUUUCUAUGAAGAAAUCUUGUGGCACUUCUAGAGAAUUUUAUGCAGAUAAAUUUGUGCCCUGCCAACACCACCGCCGUACAAGAAGCUCUGAGGGAUCCAGAGCUUAAUAUCCGAGGAACAGGAGACUUCUGAGACAUCACUGCCACUUGGGAAUAAGGGAUCAGUAAACAGAUCUGCUGCCUCUAUAACCACUAGGGAUAACAAAUGAAGUGCUCAGGCCUGACUAAAUGCUUUUUUAGGUUUUCUUUUUUUUACUUAUCCUGAUGCCAAGGCAACCAGUAAGCAACGUACCAGUGAAUCCCACUAUAAUCUCUUUUUGGGGAAGCACGUAAAAUUCAUGGGUUCUUUGGGGUUGGCGAGACUGGAGUGCCAUUACUUAAUAUGAAUCUGCACAAGGUUAAAAGACAUAAUAUAUCCCUACUUAAGUCACAUGGGAAACAUCUGCUGAAGGUGUUCUGGCAUUGCGCUACCACCCCAAAGUAUUCCCACCUUAACACCUGGACUAUAUUUACCUUUAUUCUCAACUCUAGUUUUUUGAAAAUUCAGAGAUUUAAAAAAAUGAGACAUUUUUAAGCUUUACACAGAGAUAUGCAGUGUGUUUGUGUGUGAGAUAUACUGUACAUGGUGCCAAUAUUUUGAACUAAUGGAGGCGUGCUUGGUUCGUAUUGCCACAUCAACACUUGAACUGCUGCUCAGAGCGGCAACAGCAAGCACUCUUCUUUUAUAAAUAUUCAAAAAUGUAUCCAGCUGUUAUUUUUGCCCGGGUCUUGUGUGUGUUUCGUACACUGUGUGAGUGCUGUGCUACAGUAUGUGAGACAAAGAGUUGCAUGUACUGUUUUGUAAUAACAGUAUGAUGUCAUUCAUGAGCAACACAAGGCAUUUGUUUUUGGUUUUUUUGGUUUUUUUCUCCCCCACGGUUACAUUUUGAUCACAUCAAAGCUUCCUACAUCUAGAUUUGAAAAGCUAGCUGUCACCUCGCUAUGGCAGACUCAAGUUUGUUCGUACUGUGAACAAAAUGACAAAAAUAGUUUGGGUGACGUAAGGAACUUGGUUUCUUCCGUGGUUUGAAGUUUUCAAUAAAGUGAUGCAUGUUUCUUAGCUUUGGGUAUAAAAGGAAUAGUCGAAUAACUUGGGAAACGUGCUUAGCUUGGUUAGCUUAGCAUAAAGGCUAAAGGAGGGGAAAUGCUAGCCUAGCUUGUUCAGAAGUGAAGCAGUUUGCUCUGAAAGAACUUACUCUUCCCUCUAUAUUUAACAUUUCCAACCAUUUUGCAUAACCAACAUAAAUGAGACUCUGAUAUUGUUGCUAAGCAUUUUAUGUCACUUUUGGUUUAGCUAGGAUAGCAGUUCUCCUCACAAACAAUAUAAAAGAUGGACGUAGCUACUAUGAUGUCAUCCACUGGUUUCUGGAAUACCAUUUUGAAGCCUUGAGAUGAGCAUUUCCACUGUUGCUGUGUUCAUUGCAAAAAAAAAAAAAAAAAAGAAGAAAUAGUUGAGACAAAGAAGGGUGGGGCCAACUGUGAACCUGUACCGUUAUUGGCUAACAACUUGGGAGUGGCAACUUAUUAGCUAAGAGACGUGUGGUUCAUUCCACAGAUAAUGUUCCAUGAAACACAGCAUGACCAGAAGUUACAAAAUAUAAUUUUUAAAUUUUAAUUAAUCAAUUUUGCUGCUACAUCU